AGUCUUUAAAUGUUUCAACGAUCAAGAUGCAGUUUUAAAAUCCUCAUGAAAAAUGCUGGAUGGCCUUGGCGACAUGCAGGUGAGUUAGGCGCUCAUUUCUUCUUUCAUAACUUGAAAAUGGCAAUGUCACGGCUACGGCCAACCUUCAUAGGUCGAACCGGUCUCCGUAGCUUUGAACUCACUUCAUACAGGUAUAAAAGUUGUGGGUGAACCAUCCAAAUCAGUACACAACAUCAACGCACUUCAGCUAGCAAGCAUCCAAAGGCCAACCACCAAAAAUCUGCAAUCAUGAAGUUCUCAAUCGCCACGGUCUUCGCCGUCGUCCUCUGCGUGGCCAGCUUUGCCGAGGCAAAGCCAACGCUCAUCACCAAGAAGAUCCUCAAGAAGUACGUCGUGCCCCGAGUCCUGUCCGGCGAGUGGAAGUUCCCCAGCCUUUACGUUCCGUACCCACUGUCCCUGUGGUUGGCAGGUGCCGAAACGGCCAACUCCCCCACCGUUGUGUACCACUCCCUGCCGGAAGACGAAAUCGAAACCGUCAAGGAUUUCAACGCUGCCGCCACUGCUCAGCUCCAGCAGCAGCAAAUCCAGCACCAGCCCCAGCUUCCCAACGAGAUCGAUGUCCGCGGACCGAUCUACAUCGCGGAGACGCCCGCCGUCCGGCAUGUCGCUCCGCUGCCCCAGGGAUACACCGAAGAUGUGCACACCGUGAACGUGCAGCCGGCGCCGGGAACGACGGUGGCGUAGGAGUGUGAAGUGAACUUAGAAGUCUCGAUACAGUUGUGUUAUUUAUGUAGUUUUUGUAUAAAUAAAAUGACAAGUUAGUAUAA